AUGCCCCGCGUAUCAAACCCCAAAGUGCGCCGCAGCCAUGGCGGCGCUUCCACCCCUCAUAAAAACACGCCCGUCAAAAUCCCAUUGAAUGAUGAUAUGGGAGAGAAGGCGGCCCGUAUGGAGGCCCGGCAAGCCCUCCACGACCGCCAAAUGAACCAGAUCAAAGCCGCCGUCAAGACGCCCAUGCCGCCCCGGAGACGUCAGAGCUAUGAACCAGGCAGUACAAGUCCGACUACCCCACGCCAUACAGGCCGUGGCCGAGAGAGCGAUGUCUAUGGACAAAGAGCCGUGACCCCGAUGAAACGAGUGCCGAUCCUCGCCAACUUCGAAGAAUGGAUGAAAAUGGCGACGGACAACAAGAUCAAUGCCAACAACUCUUGGAACUUUGCCCUGAUCGACUACUUCCAUGAUAUGUCGUUGCUGAAAGAAGGAGACGGUGUGAAUUUCCAGAAGGCCAGUUGUACUUUGGAUGGCUGCGUGAAGAUCUAUACCAGCAGAGUCGAUAGUGUUGCGACGGAGACAGGCAAGCUUCUCAGUGGUUUGGCCGAUGGCCGCGAUAAGAGAGGUCGCGAGGCCGAUGCCGAUGGUGACGAAGAAGAGGAAGAGGGGGAGGACGGAACGACUAGGAAAUCGAGAAAGAAGGCUCAGCGGACACAUGAAGCUACACUGGCGCCGUCAUUCGCAUCUCUACAACUGAAAAAGUUCGAACUCGAAUUCUCCGUGGACCCAUUGUUCAAGAAGGCAUCGGCCGAUUUUGAUGAAGGUGGUGCUAAGGGCUUACUGCUCAACCACUUAGCCAUUGAUGGUCAAGGACGGAUUGUUUUCGAUAGCAGCGAUGAUGCCGAUGAAGAAAGUGGCAAAGACGUGGAGGAACAAGACGGUGUCAAAGAAGAAUCCACCGAGCCUGAGCAGCCUGGCUCCCCAUCGCCCAAGCAAUCCCAGGAUGAUGCGUUCGAGAACAUGGAAAUUGAUAUUGCUCCGUUGGCGAGUCGGUUUUUUCCCAACUUGGAUCGUCUUGACGAACAAGACAUUUGCCCCUCCCUCAAGAACUUCGAUCUCGGUGAUCCAAGCGGAUCAUUGGAUAUCCCCUUACUCAAGGCUUCUGAGGACUGGCGAAACGAGAAAUCUUUCCACGAGGAAGGGCGACACGCAAAUGAUCCAUCGGGGAUCAUGCUUGACGAUGACAAUGCCGUCGGGUUCGAUGAUGAUGAUGGCACACUUGCUGGUUUUGAUCUUAGUGACGAUGCUGGCUUUGGUGAUGGCGGUGAAGUCUGGGCACGUGAGGCUGCGCUGGAACCAAUGCUCAAGGUUCACCGUGUAGACCAAGAAGGCGAUGGAAACAAUGAUGGUGACGAGGUAGACCAAGAUGCAUAUACCAUCUCUCUCGCCCACCAGCCGGGCAGCCGGGACCAUGAAAAUAUUCUCAGCUAUUUUGAUAAUGCGCUGCAGAAGAACUGGGCCGGUCCGGAGCACUGGAAGAUUCGACGCAUUAAAGACAAUGCAGUCGCAAGCACCACAAAUGCUGCACCCAAGCAACGGAAAGAAAAGGAGCCUUUCGAGAUUGAUUUUGCGGCGCCUUUGGAUCAGGCCGUUGCUGAAACCAUAUAUACUCCGGCGAGUUCCAGUUCCACCAUCUCCUUACCCAAGACUCAAUGGAAGACCAAAGGUCGCAACCUCCUGCCCGAUGAUAAGCACUUCAACUCCCGGCAGCUUCUUCGCCUUUUCCUCAAACCUAAGGCGCGGAUGGGCUCAAAACGGUUGACAGGUCCUCGGAACUUCAACAACAGACGACAGGACCAAACUGCUGGCAACGGUGAAAUGGACGAGGCAUUCUGGGCCAAUCACAAGACCGAAGAAGAGAACCCAGCCGAUGAGGAUGGAGCUCGCGGCGCCUAUGACGCAGACUUUUUCGCAGACGAUGAUGGUCUUGCGUUCUCUAACGGCCUUGGUCUACCUGAUGACGACGACGAUAACCUACCUUUCGCGGAUGCUAGGGAGAUGCUUUCGCCAGCCCCCGACGCCGGCACUGGUGGCCAAUCCGGACUUGCCGCACUUCUCAAUGGGGGUGGUGGAUUUGGGUCACAGCUUGUGACUCAAGGAGGCCGACGAGCACGACCAGACUAUGUUGCUUAUGCACGGGUCGCCAAGAAGGUCGAUGUGAGGCGACUCAAAACGGAGAUGUGGAGGGGCAUGGGUGAACAAUUGAUCGAAUCAACACACUUUAGCUCGCCACCCCAGCCGACUCCUGCCGAGUCCAGUGAAAAUGAGCCAGAAGGACCACCAACACCGACGCAAGAGAACCCGCAGCCUACGCCUGGUACUGACAGCCAAGAUGGUGGGUUACGUUUCACGCAGAUCAUGAACUCGCUGAAAUCGUCCUAUGCGCCGGAGACGCUGCGCGACAUUAGCACGUCGUAUGGUUUCAUCUGUCUGCUUCACUUGGCCAACGAACAAGGUCUCAUCUUGAAUAACAACGAUCCAUCAGGGGCUUUGGAAGAGAUCUUUGUUGCCAGAGAUCCGAAUGCCGUCAUUGAAGAAGGAGCUAUGUAA